CAAUGGUUGCUGGGCGGGGCCGUGACGUCCUUGGCGCGGCUGCAGGGGAGGCCGCGGCGGGGAAAAUGGCGGACGGGAAGGCGGGAGAGGAGAAGCCUGAGAAGCCGCAGCGAGCUGGAGCCGCCGGAGGACCUGAAGAAGAAGCAGAAAAACCUGUGAAAACUAAGACUGUUUCUUCCAGUAAUGGAGGGGAAAGUUCCAGUCGCAGCGCUGAGAAGCGAUCAGCUGAAGAAGAAGCUGCAGACCUCCCAACAAAGCCUACAAAGAUCUCCAAGUUUGGAUUUGCCAUAGGUAGUCAGACGACAAAGAAAGCCUCAGCCAUAUCCAUCAAACUUGGAUCGAGUAAGCCUAAAGAAACCGUUCCAACUCUUGCUCCAAAAACCCUUUCCGUAGCAGCAGCUUUUAAUGAAGAUGAAGAUAGUGAACCAGAGGAAAUGCCUCCAGAAGCAAAAAUGAGGAUGAAGAAUAUUGGAAGGGAUACACCAACAUCAGCAGGACCAAACUCCUUCAAUAAAGGAAAGCAUGGGUUUUCUGAUAACCAGAAGCUAUGGGAGCGAAACAUAAAAUCCCAUCUUGGAAAUGUCCAUGACCAAGACAAUUAAAUGAUGUGUUCGGAAAUUGGGGUGUGGGGUGGGUGUAAAGUUAAAAGGAACAGUUUCCUUUUUUAAAGAAUGGUAUAAGACUAUCUUUGGAGCCGCCCUUUUUUUUUUAAGAUUGAGUGGUACACUAAUAAAUGAGAGUUUGAAAUUAGAGGUAAUUUAUGUUUUAUAUACAGAUUUCAAGACAUUUGCUAAUUUUGUAGUUUCAUGUGAUUAGUUUCCAAAGGUUACAGAUAAUAAAUCAGAAAUGGUACCUUUCUAAGAAUUGCAUAUUUUUUUAGACACAGCUAUUAGCACAUUAAGAGAGAAGCAAAAAGUUACUGUCUAUUUCAACUGCAAGCAAUUACUAACUUAACUCCCUUUUUACCCAAACUGUCUGGCUCCCAGGAACAGCCUUAUAGAGAGGAGGGAGUAUUGUGUUGGGAGAAAAAUGUUACUGGACUGUUGACUGAAAGUAAAUUCGAUAAAAUACAGCUUUUUUCCUAAUGGGCGUUGGUUUUGUUUCAAGUCAUCGUAAACCAGGUAUUGCACUGCUCUCAGUGGACACAGAUGCUUAGCUCUUUAAAAAACAUUUUAAAGUUUUAUGUAAACUGUUGAGUAUUUGAAAUAGCCCACUUCACCUUAAUGAGUCUUGUCUACCUUCAUUAGUCUUCAAAGAACAACCAUUUGCUACCAAAGUAAAUCAGUAUUUUGAAUGUGCUUCUCUUGGUUUUUGUUAUUAGCUAGUUCCUGUAAGCAUUUCCACCAGAACUUGAGGCACACCAUAAGGAAGCUGUUUCUUUUAAAAUACAAACCACCACUGAAAAUUUAAAUGUACAUAGUACUUAAAUAUUUGGCUGUUUUUAUUUUUUAAAAGGUAUGAACACCAAAAAAAAAAAGCGCAACAUUGUAUCAAGAUGGAAAAGAGAAAGAUGCACUUUCUGUAACUUUGUCAGAGCCUUUAAGUUACUAGUGAAAUCCGAUUUGGUUUGAACUUAACUACAGGAAUUCUUAUUUAAUACAGUAACAUGGUUUAUUUUAAUUGAAUACAUCUUGAUCAGUGGCCUCUCAAAAGCACAUUUUAGGUACUGAAAAUAAAAGGAAAGAAAAUGCAUCUUUAAGCAUAUUUCAUGGAAUCUUUGAUCACAUAUACUUUGUUAGAUCUAUGUGUUGUAGGGUUGUGGUUUUUUAAUUUUUGUAUUGUAUAUGCAUUUUUUUUAAUGUGACAGUUAAACACAUCUUUAAAAGUACAGUCACAGAUAAAAGAAACAUACAGUAUGAUGAUUUCCUUGAAAAUUCCUACAAUGUUAAGUUUAGAGGCAGCUUCAGACUAUUUUUUGGUGGUAACUACUUGCUGAGCUCUUUAGUAGGUAAUAACUGCAGAGAAGCAGCCUGUAUAUAUUCCUAACACUUUGUUCACGUGCAUUUUAAGUUUAGAGUAAGCCCCAAGUAAAACAAUGGAAAUGUACAUAGAACUAUUAGUUCUUACUUACAUGAUUUAAUUCUAUCAAGAUACUUGAAUUUAACUUGCUUUAAUGUAGGCAAACUUUCCAUUUUUGUCCAUUUUAAUGUUUAUGUUAAAAAUAACAUCCCUCUCCUACAUAUUCUUUUCUUGACUCAAAUGAAAUAUUAACCUACAGUCAAGAUGGGAGAGAGAAAUGACUGAGAUGAAUGUCUUUACUAAAAUACCAAUAAAUUUGUCAAACCCAA